CAGUCAGUGUUGCAAGAGUCUUGAGUCUGUAUCCACUGUGAUGAAAACAUUGGACGUCUGUGUGAGGAGAUCAGCUCGCAACACACGGAGCAUCCUUAGCCACCAAUCCUAGUUGCUGCCUCCCCCUAGUCUCACCCAAUGAAGUGCCAACCAUCAGAUCACUUGAAAAGUUAGACUGCAAAUAUAAGACAAUGAAGCCAAAUUUUCGAUGGAAGAAAACAAACUCUAGUGGAAAAAGAGCACCGUUUUCAAAUGCAGAGGCAGUUUUCCACAAUGAAAGAAUUCUUCCAUAUGAUAGAAAAGAGAUCAUCAAAGAAGAUGGAGUUAGUGGUGGUGAUUUUCCCUAUCAUUUACAUAUGCAAGUGAUCAAAAACCCUGAAGUGGAGGGAAGAAAGCCUAAGUGUUUUUGUAGUUCAGAAGUGAUAAAAACCAGAACUAGACAAGCAAGCAGUGGGUAUAAUCUGAAAAAUAUAUUCUACUGGAGGCCAGAUUGGAGAGGGAGUUUCGUAUUUGUGUUGAUUGUGGUGUGUUUAUUGAGCAGAACAACACAAGGAGCACUGAACAGUGACAGUGAUGCCACAUACGAUGAUGAUAAUGUAAUGUUUAGUGCUAGAAGACUGAGUAGCUUGACAACACCAGAUCCUGUAAAUAUUUUACAUGAAGAGCACAGUGAUCUCAUUGGUGAUGGAUCAAAAUCUACAAAGACACCGUGUGGAAAAGAGAAAGGAGUGCAUGUGAAGAUCCAGUAUUCUUCCAGUAUUGUGGAAAAUGAAUACAUAGUGGCCUUCAAGGGAUACUACAGACAAGAGGCUCGUGAACGUUUCAUAAAGGCAGCCUUAAAUGAGUCCAAUGUGGUGCGGUGGGAGGUGGUGCCCCGCAACAAUCCUGCCAGUGACUACCCAAGUGACUUUGACGUGGUUCAGAUUCAAGAACAUCACAAGAACGUGGGUCUAGAUGCACUGAAGGACCAUCCUGCAGUGAAAAGAGUAACUGCUCAGCGCAUGGUGAUUCGCCAUCUACACUUCGUCAAUGACACUGAAGAUGCAGAUUUGGACCAGUGGAAAGAGAAUGUAUUUGCUAAUGUUUCUGAUACUGAAGGUUAUCCUGGUAUGGUCUUCAAUGUAACUGAUUCUGACAGAACUACUUUAGGUGAUGAGUCUUCCUUAAACUCUGAGGAAGAGUUAACUGACACACAGGAAAUACACGAUGAUGACAUGGAGUAUGACCAAAUGUAUGUUGAGACUGGUGCAGACAAAACAGACACCAAAGGCAUAGGUGAUGGUGAGCCUUGCAGUGGAGAUAAAUGCAAGGAAGGGGAGACAGAGGAUGGCACCUGGCCAGCCUCUAGACCACUGCGGCGAUCUUCACUAACAUUAGGCACAGCAUUUUGGCAGACCACAGGCAGACACUCCAGCCGCCGUCUUCUACGUGCUAUCCCCAGGCAGAUAACAACCACCCUGCAGGCAGAUGUACUGUGGAGCAUGGGCAUUACAGGUACUGGAGUUAAAGUGGCUGUGUUUGACACAGGCCUCUCGAAAUCCCAUCCCCAUUUCAAACGCAUCAAGGAACGAACAAACUGGACAAAUGAAAAAACUCUUGAUGAUGGCCUAGGGCAUGGCACCUUUGUAGCAGGAGUAAUAGCAUCCAGUGGAAAGACUUGCUUAGGGUUUGCUCCUGAUGCUGAGCUGCAUAUUUAUAGAGUAUUCACAAAUAACCAGGUGUCCUACACAUCCUGGUUCCUUGAUGCUUUCAACUAUGCAAUUCUAAAGAAGGUGGAUGUGUUGAACCUAAGUAUUGGAGGACCCGAUUUCAUGGAUCAUCCCUUUGUUGACAAAGUAUGGGAACUGACAGCAAACAGAGUCAUCAUGGUGUCUGCCAUUGGCAAUGAUGGGCCACUCUAUGGAACUUUGAACAAUCCAGCAGACCAGAUGGAUGUUAUUGGUGUGGGCGGCAUAAAUUUUGAAGAUCAAAUUGCCCGCUUUUCCUCCCGAGGGAUGACUACAUGGGAAUUGCCUCAGGGAUAUGGCCGUGUCAAACCUGACAUUGUGACAUAUGGGUCCCUGGUGCAGGGAUCAAGCAUGGAGGGCAAGUGUCGACAACUCUCAGGCACUUCAGUUGCCUCUCCAGUUGUUGCUGGAGCCGUUACUCUUUUGGCCAGUGGUGUUCUUCACCGAGGAGGCAUCAUCAACCCAGCCAGCAUGAAGCAGGCUUUGAUGGCUUCAGCUCGAAGACUUCCAGGAGUAAAUAUGUUUGAACAAGGUCAUGGCAAGCUGGACUUGGUGAAGGCUUACCAGGUUCUUUCAAAAUAUAAACCUCAAGCUUCCCUGAGUCCAAGUUACAUUGAUCUCACUGAGUGCCAGUACAUGUGGCCAUAUUGUACUCAGCCUCUUUACUAUGGUGCCAUGCCUGUCGUUGUUAAUGUCACAAUCCUCAAUGGUAUGGGUGUGUCUGGACGCAUCGUUGAAAAGCCUGUCUGGCACCCAUACACUCCUCAAUUUGGACAGCAUCUUGAAAUGGCAUUCACUUAUUCAGAGGUCCUAUGGCCAUGGUCAGGCCAUCUUGCUGUAUGGAUCACAGUGGCUGAGAGUGGUAAGGACUGGGAGGGUUAUGCACGAGGACAUAUCUCCAUUACUGUGGAAUCUCCUCCUGAAGAAGGUGAAACCCAACCAAGAAUUUCCCAUGUGAAGCUUCCUGUCAAGGCUAAAAUGAUUCCUACUCCACCGAGACACAAACGUGUGCUGUGGGAUCAGUUCCACAACUUGCGUUACCCUCCAGGCUACUUCCCCAGAGACAACUUGCGCAUGAACAAUGAUCCGCUGGACUGGAAUGCAGACCACAUACAUACAAACUUCAAGGACAUGUACCAACAUUUACGAAAUAGUGGAUACUACAUUGAAGUUCUGGGAUCCCCUUUCACUUGUUUUGAUGCAAGCAAGUAUGGAACUCUGAUGAUUGUUGACCCUGAAGAGGAAUAUUUUCCUGAAGAGGUGACAAAGUUACGGCAAGAUGUUGAAAAAGGCUUGUCCAUCAUUGUGUUUGCUGACUGGUAUAAUGUCAACGUUAUGAAGAAAGUGAAGUUCUAUGAUGAAAAUACAAAGCAACUUUGGAUGCCAGUCACAGGGGGUAGUAACAUCCCAGCCCUUAACUACCUGCUUGGUUUCUGGGGUGUGGCCCUCAGUGAUGGGGUAUAUGAAGGAGACUUCACUCUGGGAGACAGGGACAUGUACUAUGCCACUGGAACUUCAUUGGCACAGUUCCCUCGGGAUGGUAUAGUGGUGCGUAAAACCCUGAAUGAUCAUGCCAAAGAGAUGUUGGAGGCUGAGAAUGAAAGUGUUCAAGAUGUUCCCAUCUUGGGGCUGCUGCAAACAGAAAGUAACAGUGUUGCUGACAACACCGACAAGAGUCAGAAUCUGGGACGCUUGGUGGUGUACGGAGACUCUAACUGCCUGGACAACAGUCACCUCCAGAAGGACUGCUUCUGGAUGCUGGAUGCCCUGCUGGAGUACACUACCACGGGCCACCUGGCCGGUGUCUUCAGUUCCAGUGCCGGAGCUCCAAUUCCACCAACUACAGACUUGCCCACCAAAAUGGAAAACAGUAAUUUACACAAACACUCAAAGGUUGUAGAGCACACCCUGGGGAUGGAGCAGAUGCGGCCACUGCCAGAAUGUCCUGUCUUGAUGCCUGUCACACCACAGCCUCUAAAUGUUUCUAACAAAAACCUGAAUAUCCAUGUGGGCCUAAAGUUGCUCUCCCAGCCUGAAAUUGUUGCAGCAGUCAAGGUAGCUCCUGUUGAUGUUCAGCCUCUGCCUCUGGAUGGCCAUGGAGGCAACCAAGGAGAUAUAGUUGCUGGGUCUUCAAAUACAGGUAGCAGUCUGAGCACCCUUGCCUAUCCCACUGAAAGGACCCCAGCAUUUGCCAUCCUGUCCAUAGUGAUGGUGGUGCUCAUGGUGUGUUAUUGGUACCGCUCCAGACACAGACCCAAGAGGCGGCGCAGCAAACUCCGGAAGGUUUUCAUGGCUGCCAUCAAUGGUCGCCUUCCCUCUGUGUGAAUGGCCGUAACACAGCUCAGGUUUGGAUUAUAAGAUAAUCUUGUGAAAAUGAAUGUACAAAGUAUACAUGUUGAAUGUAUUAAAGUUAAAUCAUUCAGCAAAUGAAAAAAAUAAAUGUCCUGAUGUGUUGGUAAUAAUACAUAUCCAAGGAGUUUAAAUCAAUUAUCGUCAUGAUAUUCCUUUUAGCCGUGCAAUAUAUUGCAAAGCACUUAUGAGAGACAAAAAUAUAGUUGGGCAUGAAAACAAAUUUUUUUUGCAUACUUUGUGCAAAAUAAUGAUGAUAAUUGGUAUAAUUUUAUUUAUUUAUUCUCAUAUUUAUUAUUAUUAUUAUUAUUAUUAUUAUUAUUAUUAUCAUUAUUAUUAUUAUUAUUGAUAUUACUAUUAUCAUUACGAUUAAAAUGUAGAGGCCAGGCCAGGUUGCGUUGGAUUUGUGUGCUCGACUCACAUUAGAGUAACAUCUGGAAUAAAAGAUAAGGGUAAGGGUGGUCAGACACAAUUUGGGCUCUUCACCGUUCAUUCUGUAGUCCUCGUACAUUUAGCAAGUGAUGAGUACAAGAAUCAUGAAUUUAUUAUGAUCAUAACAUUAUCUGGGACUAAAUGGGUUUGAUAUUUACCACCUAAAGGAUAACAAGAAGGGCUUUAUGUAUGUCAUGGCUUGUAAAGGCCAUAGACAGUCCUUAUAAACAUGGUAUAGGGUUGAUAAAAAAAUUUCCUAUUUCUUAACCUGUUAAUUAGAAAAAAUAAAUAAACUCAAUUGCAUCUAGAUAUGAAAAUUACCAUUACAUUGUCAUCCAAAAAUGUACAAUUUAAAAGGCAUUAUAUUUAUAAAUAAAUAUGAAUGGGAGAGAUAAAGUGAAUAAUAGUUUACUGCCAGCAUCCUUUGGUUUUAUACACAAAUGCUAUUGCAACUAAGAGAAAGUUUACAGAAUUAUUACAAGAUGUGGCUUGUUUCCAGUGGAGAUAAGUUUCAUAAUGCUGUGACCUCUUCAUUGAUUAAAAUGUACAUAAUUUACAGAAUAGUUUACUAAUAACAUUCUGUGUAGAAUUUUACUGUCUUUCACAAUGAUAGCAAAUCUUAGAAAUGUUUUUUGCACACAAGUGGAAGUGGGAGAUUUAGAGAAGUGGAACAGAGCACUCAUAAUUUUUAUAGCAGAUAUUUUGUCACUAAAUAGGUUAGAUGUCUCAUUGUAUUUGUCUGUAUAAAUAGUCUGUCAAGUUAUUUAUGUAUUACAUAAGCUUUAGUUGAAACAUAUCGCAUUACAUGUUAUUCUGAACAUGUAAACAGCUGUGGAGUGUGAUAAAGAGUUUUAACUUUACUUCAUUUUAAGGUGACAAUGUCAAUCAGUCAGUGAUGUAGUUGUGAAUUGACUAAUUGUAAAUGUGAAAAAGCUAUUGAAGUGUUCAACUGCAAGUUAACAAAUGUAGGAUUUUAUACUGUAGCUAAUGAAAAGAUUGAAUGCAAUAUUAGUGCCAGUGGAAAAGGAAAUUUUGAACAGAAUUGGAAUUGUUCAUCUCAUAUUAGCUCUGUUUAGCUCUGUUGCUGCAAAAAUUGGUCAUGAAAUACAGUCAAAUUGAUAUCAUGGUAAAUAAUUUAGUAAAUUGAAAUAUCACAGGACUGACAAGUGUCCAUUUUAAAUUUGCUCCGAGACUUAAUGAAGGUUUGAAACCAACACAGUAUUUGGUCGCCAAAUGGGAUAGGUAUACCCCAUUACUAGGCUGUACUUGUACCCAUUUGACAGUAGCUCUGACUGGGGAGAAUCUAAAGAAUACCAGAAAGGCUUAUGGGUGGAGCAAAUUAAUAAGUAAUCCUGCUGAGAGAUACAUAGAAUAGGAAGUAUCUGUAUGGAGGCUUGUUCGUGAAGACCUCAACAAAUAGGUAUGAUUACUAAGAGGAAUACUACUAUGUCCACCAACAAGUUUUUUUUUUUUCUUCUUUUUUCUUUUCAUCAGUUGUUAUUGUUGUUAUUUAGUGAUUGAUUUAUCUGUUUAUUUUUUUUUGCUUUUGUAGUUUGAUUUGUUUCACUUGGUGUUGCUGUUCAUCACUUAUGUGGCAAAACACAGCCUAAUUUUGGGUUUGUCUGUCAAGUAAGCAUGCACAAAAAGGCAGACACAGACUUGGCCAACAGACUUAACCAGAGUGAAUAAGGAUGUGCAGAGGUACAUUUUUCCACAUGGCACACUAGAUCAGCAGAAUGCAUUGCCAGAGGAUGUGAUGAGUGCAAACAAUACAUAUAUGUAGUUUUAAAGAAAACAGGAUAAUUUGGUUUUAGAAAUGGAAUAUUACAAGCCUUGCUCAAUCCUGUAGAAUUACUAAUACAAAUAUGUAUAAGAAUACAAAAGGCAGGACGUAACCAAUAUUAUAUGGUCAUAACUUAUUAAAUGUUAUCUAUACCCAUUCUUCAAUGGGCAUGUUGGUGUAUCAACAUGAAAGAAGCCCAACAAAAUAUUAAUCUAGCUUUGAAACUGAACUAUAAACUUUUCAGUUCUACUCCAGAUGUUGUAACCACUCUGCUAUCAGGUUGUUAUGCUGUGCUUUUCAGAAUUUCCUCCAUCAAACAAAAUAACGUAGUCAUGUCAGUACUUAUGAGUGAAGUUUUGUUUUAACCACUGGUUCACUGUAAUAGUGAUUGCAAAGUAUGGCAAUGGUUUAAAGGGAUUAUUGAUGACAUUGAUAUUCAGGUUGUUAUGCAACGUUUAGGAAAUUUUUUUUUCUAUACUAUUUAAAAAUGAAAAGUUAAAGUCCAAUUCUGUUGAUAAGGAGAACAUUUGUGAAUGUAUUGAGUUGAAUUCAUCCUAAUUUAUAAUGUAUAAAAGUAAUGUGAUGUGAGAGUGACGAACAAAGACUAGUGUUGUACUAUUAUUAUGGUUGUCUAAUGGAGUGAAGCAUAGAAAUAUUUAAGGAAAAUGAGAUGAGAAAAUCAUAAAACUUUCAGAAACCUUUGUAAAAAUUUGUGUAUAUAGAUUGUAGAGGUGAGGUAAAGUUAACUUUGUGAGUCAGUUGUUGCACACUUCUUUAACUGUAACAACUAUUCAUAUCUUUGUCUAUCCAUAUCUGUCUGUCUGAAAGUCAUCUGUUACGUCUUUCCUAGCUGCCAGAUCUCACUUUUAUUGCAUUGGCAAAUGGGACCAAGACAAUGUGGUUGCCAUUUAAAGUUGUGAUAAAUGCUUCAAAGGUCCAGAAAUACAAAUUAUAUCUAUCUUUACAACCACCAUGUAUACAAGUAUGUUAUUUACUUGGGGUCAGAAUCUUCUCAGUUAUAUACCUAAUAAUCUUUGAUGUACAUAACACAAUGGUUGCGUAUUUUUGUUUUUCAAUGGGUCCACAUUUACUUGCUACAGACCAGCCCUCCAUCUGACAUGAUGGCACAGUGAUGCAUGAGGGAUAUAUGUACAAUAGAAUAUAUAUCAAUAAGAUAAGUACUUCAAACAUGUUUAAUCAACAGUUAAAUACAAACCUAUUUCUCACCAAUGUCAUUUUAAAUGUGGCUGAACAUUUCUUCCCCACACCUUGAUCAUGAACAGUUAUAUAUCUAUUACUUCCCAUCAAACUUACUGUACUGUGUUGGAACACAAAUCAGCUGACAUAAUGCACUUUAGUUUUGAUUUUGAGGCAUACUGCAUGGAUUAAAACAGUGAUAUUCAGGCUGUCCAGUAAAAUAUCAGAUGGCAGCACUAGCAAAGAAAAAAUCAACAGAUUAUCUGAUGAUAUUGAUUAUGCUUUAUAAAAUAUGAUAUUACUUUAAAUUAAUAGAAAAAAAAAAACUGCCCAAAAAUGGUAACUUAGCCAAUGACCACAGUAUAUUAUUUUUACAAAAUCAAGUACAAAUUUCAUUAGAAAGCAUUGAAGAGUGUUGCUUAAGUAUGAAUAUCUUAUCAAGCUCAUGUGGAGAGGAACAAAAUUGUGUCAGCAGUUGCAAGUCAGGUAUGAUACUAAAAAUAGAAUAAGUUUGUGUAAUCUCUUAUAAUUGUAACCAUAUAAUAAAAAAAUACAAAAAGGGUGUCAAUAAAGGAAGCACUAUAAAAGUAUAACUGGUGAAGCUGAAAGAUUGUAUUGCUAGUAACUGUCUGAACAGCUGAAAUUACUCCAUGUUUGAAUUUAUAUAUUUUGCUACAUACAAUUACUCAAAAAAAUAUAAAAAUCCAUACAGAAAUACAAUGUAAAUUAACCAAGGCAGUACAGCUGAGCAGCUUACAUUCAACAAUUUAGAACCUUUCUCCACUGCUGUCCCUGACUACCAUUUUUAUCAUGUAGCUGAAUAAUAUAACUUUUUUUUAUUAUUUCCAAGUCAAAUUAUCAUCUAAUGAAGUUUUUUUUAUUCAUCUAUUUAUUUAUGUAUUUAUUUUUUUAUUGUGUGUGUGUAUGUGUUUGACAUGGCAAUCCUUUGGACCCUUCAGUAACACAGCACCACUGACUCAUGUUCUGAUAGUGGUGCAACUUGCUAUCCUUCCCUUACUUAUUCCUUGACAUUACAUCCCAGUUAUCCCUAAUAUGUACUAAUGUAGUACACACACACACACACACACACACACACACACACACACACACACACACACACACACACACACACACACACACACACACACACACACAUGCAUUUUUUAUGCUAAAUGAAUAAAUAAGAAUUUGAACAAGGGCAACAAAAAGACUUUCUAUGGUAAAACUUAUAUUGGCUUCAAUUGUUGAAGGUUAAAAAUAAUUAUAUAAAAAACAAUGCAUUUCAAAGAAGAUUGGAUAAAUGUAUUUACCAAGGAAUCUUGAUGCUCCUCUCUUGAAAGGGUUUGAACUAAAGUGUAGAAAAUACUUGGAAGUAAUUUAUCCAGAUUUUCUACAUUACAUUUUAAUUUUCACUAGAUUUUGCCUCGUGUACCUUUUUAUUGCAUAUUUUUGUUCAGUAGACUUCUUCUCCUCCAAGCUUUAUGAAAUAGUAAGUUACACUUUCAUAGUUAUUCUAAGUGCCUGGGCAAUGAUUUGAAAAUAGGCUGCAAGUAAUUAUGUGGUAUUUUGACUACACUAUUCCUUCAAUACUUAGGUGGCAAUAAUUUAUGAUCAUCAUGGUCAGUCUCACAAUUGUACAGACACACAUACUAUACAGUAAUAUUGUGUUGUUUAAUUUUUUGACCAAAGAAUUUAGUGUGUGUGUGCAUAAUGUUUUGUAGAAGUAUGUAGUUGUUAUAAUGCCACAUGUAUUAUGUAACUUUUCAUUAUUUAUCACACAUAGUAUUGUACUGGUAAAUUAUUAUUUUUCUUGUGUGUUGUAGUACUUGGUUUUAUGUGAUAGAAUCCAAUUAUCUCCAUUCAUGCACAAUGCUUUCCUUAGAGAGAGAGAGAGAGAGAGAGAGAGAGAGAGAGAGAGAGAGAGAGAGAGAGAGAGAGAGAGAGAGAGAGAGAGAGAGAGAGAGAGAGAGAGAACCUUACACUGUAUUACCUCUUGUCUAAUCUUGCACAACCCCAUGUAAGAAAAUACGAGGAAGUUGUAUUAGUUGUAUUGAUGCAAUAAAAGGCCCAGCAGGACCUCUGAGCUGAGGUUACCGGGUCAGACAGACUCCUAAUUAAUAUAUUUGUUACUUAGAUAUUAAGCAAGAUAAGUGAGUUGAAAUACUCAGCCUAACCGUGUGAUAACUCCCAAGCCACAGGGCAGCGAUGCAGUGAGCAGACUGCAGUGCUUUGUCUGUGUAUGUCUGGUCUGUGCACAGGUGAUUUGAAUAAAAAUAUUUCAUACA